CGGUCCUGGCUGGCGCCCCAGCAGCCGCCGGCGACAGCGGCCGAGCGAAGUUGGGGUCCGGCCGGACGCGUGCAGGACUCCCCAGGAGCCGACCCCGCGCCUCGCCUCUCCGGGGGCUCCGCACCGGAUUUCCGAAUUUACAGGAUGGCUGAACGUUAAUGGAGAGAGAAGCAUAGACCUAUCUUCUUUCACUAUGGAGGCAGGUCUGGCAGAUGGAGAACCUGACCGAACUUCGAUCUUGCCAUAUUCAGAAGUUGCUGAAGUUCAAGAGACACUUCUUGGGGAUAGCAAAGAUGUCCUUGGGCCAUCAACUGUGGUAGCAAACAGUGACGAAUCUCAGCUUCUGACACCAGGAAAGAUGAGUCAGCGCCAAGGGAAAGAAGCGUACCCAGUGCCAACCAGAGAUUCGUAUCAGCCAUCUUUCAGUCCUGCAAGUCCUCACAGCCAAGGUUUUGAAAGAACAAAGGAAGACAUUUCUCAGAAUAAAGAUGAAUCUUCACUUUCUAUGUCAAAGAGCAAGUCUGAAUCUAAACUUUAUAAUGGCUCGGAGAAGGAUAGUUCAACUUCCAGCAAGCUCACAAAAAAAGAAUCUCUCAAGGUGCAAAAGAAAAAUUACCGAGAAGAAAAGAAAAGAGCCACAAAGGAAUUACUCAGUACAAUCACAGAUCCUUCUGUUAUUGUUAUGGCUGAUUGGUUGAAGAUUCGUGGUACUCUAAAGAGCUGGACCAAGUUGUGGUGUGUGUUGAAACCUGGGGUGCUACUGAUCUAUAAAACCCAAAAAAAUGGUCAGUGGGUAGGAACAGUCCUUCUGAAUGCCUGUGAAAUCAUUGAGCGUCCAUCAAAAAAGGAUGGCUUUUGUUUCAAACUUUUUCAUCCUUUGGAGCAAUCUAUUUGGGCAGUGAAGGGUCCAAAGGGUGAAGCAGUUGGAUCCAUAACCCAGCCCUUACCCAGCAGUUAUUUGAUCAUCCGAGCUACUUCAGAGUCAGAUGGAAGGUGCUGGAUGGACGCUUUGGAGUUGGCUUUGAAGUGUUCUAGCCUUCUUAAACGUACAAUGAUCAGAGAAGGAAAGGAACAUGACCUGAGCAUUUCAUCAGAGAGCACACACGUGACUUUGUAUGGCUUGUUACGUGCUAACAAUCUCCACAGUGGUGACAACUUCCAGUUAAAUGAUAGUGAAAUUGAACGACAGCAUUUUAAGGACCAGGAUAUGUAUUCUGAUAAAUCCGAUAAAGAAAAUGAUCAAGAGCAUGAUGAGUCUGACAAUGAGGUGAUGGGGAAGAGUGAAGAAAGUGACACAGAUACAUCAGAAAGGCAAGAUGACUCAUAUAUCGAACCUGAGCCUGUGGAGCCUUUGAAGGAGACCACCUACACCGAACAGAGCCAUGAAGAACUCGGAGAGGCAGGUGAAGCUUCUCAAACAGAAACUGUGUCUGAAGAAAACAAAAGCCUUAUCUGGACUCUGCUGAAACAAGUUCGUCCUGGCAUGGACCUCUCCAGGGUGGUUCUGCCUACAUUUAUUUUGGAGCCUCGUUCUUUCUUGGAUAAACUUUCAGAUUACUACUAUCAUGCAGAUUUCCUAUCUGAGGCUGCUCUCGAGGAAAAUCCUUAUUUCCGUUUGAAGAAAGUUGUGAAAUGGUAUUUGUCAGGAUUCUAUAAAAAGCCAAAGGGACUGAAGAAACCUUAUAAUCCUAUACUUGGUGAGACUUUCCGUUGUUUGUGGAUUCAUCCCAGAACAAACAGCAAAACUUUUUAUAUUGCUGAACAGGUGUCCCAUCAUCCACCAAUAUCUGCCUUCUAUGUAAGUAACCGAAAGGAUGGCUUCUGCCUUAGUGGUAGUAUCCUGGCUAAGUCCAAGUUCUAUGGAAACUCAUUAUCUGCAAUAUUAGAAGGAGAAGCACGUUUAACUUUCUUGAAUAGAGGUGAAGAUUAUGUAAUGACAAUGCCAUAUGCUCAUUGUAAAGGAAUUCUUUAUGGCACAAUGACACUGGAACUUGGUGGAACAGUCAAUAUUACAUGUCAAAAAACUGGAUAUAGUGCAGUACUUGAAUUCAAACUAAAGCCAUUUCUAGGUAGUAGUGACUGUGUUAAUCAAAUAUCAGGGAAACUUAAAUUGGGGAAAGAAGUCCUAGCUACUUUGGAAGGCCAUUGGGAUAGUGAAGUUUUUAUUAAUGAGAAAAAGACCGAUAAUUCAGAGGUUUUCUGGAAUCCAACACCAGACAUUAAACAAUGGAGAUUAAUAAGACACACUGUAAAAUUUGAAGAGCAGGAAGAUUUCGAAUCAGAGAAACUCUGGCAGCGGGUAACUCGAGCCAUAAAUGCCAAAGACCAAACAGAAGCUACUCAAGAGAAAUAUGUCUUAGAAGAAGCUCAAAGACAAGCUGCCAGAGAUCGGAAAACGAAAAAUGAAGAGUGGACUUGCAAGUUAUUUGAACUGGAUCCACUCACAGGAGAAUGGCAUUACAAGUUUGCAGAUACCCGACCAUGGGACCCCCUUAAUGAUAUGAUACAGUUCGAAAAAGAUGGUGUUAUCCAGACCAAAGUGAAACAUCGCACUCCAAUGGUUAGUGUCCCAAAAAUGAAACAUAAGCCAACCAGGCAACAGAAGAAAGUAGCAAAAGGCUAUUCCUCCCCAGAACCUGAUAUCCAGGAUUCAUCAGGAAGUGAAGCUCAAUCACUAAAACCAAGUACAAGAAGAAAGAAAGGAAUAGAACUGGGAGACAUCCAAAAUUCCAUUGAAUCUAUAAAACAAACACAGGAAGAAAUUAAAAGAAAUAUUAUGGCUCUUCGAAAUCAUUUAGUUUCAAGCACACCUGCCACGGAUUUUCUGCAACAAAAAGACUACUUCAUCAUUUUCCUCCUGAUUUUGCUUCAAGUCAUAAUAAACUUCAUGUUUAAGUAGAAGUUCUUUACGGUUGAAUCAGUGAACUCGAAUGAUCAGAUAUGGCCUGGGACCAAUGUUCAAGUUGGUUUGGUCUUUAUUAAAAUGUCACCAUAUUUCUAAAACAAAAAACCUUAGAGAUAAAUGUAGAGGUGUUGACUUUUCAUACCUUUUAUCCUUGACCUGAAACAAGAGCUAUGCUAUUGGGUUAUUAACGUGAGCUGUGUGUUAAGUGCCAGAACAUUUCUAGCUUUUGUGAAAAUAUGUCUACAUGUGAGUAUAAUAAAUCCACAUGUAUACAUACUUGUGUCUUACGUAUACCCGACAGUAGUCUUUGUAUUCUAUAGUGUGUUCUGAGAUAUAGCUUAAUGUUGUUCAUAAGGAAUAUGUAUCAAUCUUACAAAUAUUGUGCAUAGUAAUCUAUUUUCUUCAUAAAACAGACACGAAACAGAAUGAGAAAUGAUGGGAUAACAGACAUAUUAUAAAUAGUUCAAUACACUGUAGUGUUAAAAAAAAAUCAUUUCCAAGGCACCCAGCUCAAGUGUCUUCUUAGAAACAGCAAGAACGAACUGUGGUCAAAAUUGACAUAUUGAGAGAGACAAGGUAGCAAAUUGCUUUUUUAAAAGUUUACGUAAGAAUUUUUUUAACCCCUAGAAUUUAAUAUUUAUAGAUAGAAGCAUAAAUGUACCUAUGUGUAUAUCAACAUAAACUAGUAUGGAGCUACUUGGAUCUACUGAUUAUAUAUUUCUUAUCAAACCUAUAUAAUACCACCUUAAGCACUUACUGAAAAAAGCGUGGUCAAAAUUGAUUACUGUCCUUUUUUAUUUUUGUUUCUUUUAAACUCAGUUGGUCCAAUAACACACAGGCCAAAUUCUAGAGAUGUUUAUAGGGCAUAUGAAAUGCUGAUAAUUCAUGUUUUUUCAUUGUGAAAAACUUAUUUAGCUCUCAUUUAGCCCCUAGUGUGUUCAGUGAAUGAGUAGAAUAGAAAACAUUAUAACCAAUAUUUUACUUCAAAAGCCAAAUAAGAGAAAGGCGAUAAGAAAAGACACUUUGUUUGGUGGCAUUUCUGUGUACUUAAAAUUGGUUUCUUUAAAAUGACCAAUAAGUUGAGCAUCAAGUUCUGAAGUUUAAUUCUUUAUUAUCCUUCUCUGUUCUUAAUAACUGCAUUCUGUGGCAAAACCACAAUUCUUCAAGAUCCCUUUGUUCAGGCUCAGGCAAACUUUUUCCUAAUUUUUUUUCAGUUUAAUAUUUUUAUUUUAUGUUUUUACUUAAGUAUUCAUAGUCCUCAAGAGCAAUUUUUGCAAGUGUAGUUAAGCUUAGGAACAUGUCCUAAGAUGUCUUAGAAUCCUGAAAGUAUAGAUUUUGAAGUGGUUAUUAAUGAAAAAUGAAGGCCGGAGAGAAUAAUUGCUCUGGCUCCAUUUGCCUUUGACAAAGAAGAGAUUGUGAGACACUAGUAAAAUGACAGUCUAAACUAUUUAUGCCAUGAUAAAUAUAAAAUCAAGGAAUGAUUGUUAAAUUAUGAAAACUGAAAAUGAGAAAAGAGCUUGCUUUUUUUCCCCUAACCAAUAUAGCUAUUUUAAGUAUCCUUAGGUUUUAUGAAGAGCAAUAUGCCAUGUAUUUUUGGCAGAACAAUGUAUUCCAUAUGUACACGUGAAAACAUUUUUUAAAUUGAUUAAAACAUAAAUAAGGUAUACCUGUACCCAGUAUAGGUAUGACUACACUAAAACAGGUGGGAGUUUUUGUUUGUAUUUCAUAAUUGUCAAUAUAAUUUUUACACUCACUUUUCUCUUACCAACGUUAUUCUCAACUGCCUAUUCAUUGAUAGGAUAUUUGUAAAUAUUGUAUAUCUUGAUCUUUUUUAUGGUUUAAAUUAGUAUUUAUAUAUAACGAUUGGCUGAUCUUAAAAAUUAUUUCAUCAUUAAACUCUGAAAACUUAAAAUUUUUUUGGUGGUAACCCCCCACUUUGGGGUUUUAGUCUUAUCCACUUGUGGGUUAUUGUCAUUUGGUCUAAAUAGUGUUUUAUUUGUUUGAGUCUCUUCUAAGAUUGGAAAGAUGGUUAUUUUUUUAUUUUCUUUUUAGAGCAUAUGUUAUGAGUUCUUAUUAAACCAAGAAAUCAAAACUGUUUCAUGAGAAAAAGCAUGGUAACUCAUGACUGUUUCUUAUACACUAAAGUCAUCUAUCUAAUGUAAUAAUCUCCUUAUGCUUUUAGUUGUAUGAGUUCCUUUCUGUGAACUGAACACAAAACUCAGGAAUCGGUGGCUUCGUUUUAGAGCAGUACCUGUGCUUACACUAGGCUUAGUAUGUGAACUCUUUAGAACACAUAAUCUUGUAUUUAGCCCCAUAGGUAAUUGACUUGGAAUGUUCUCUAUCUGAAAUUUACCUUCCUUCACACAUGGAUUCAUAAACAUGAUUUAGUUCCCACUUGUCUGAGAACCUCAUGAUGUCUUCUAGGAUUUAAGACUAAGACCAGUUUUUCUCAUUUGAUCAAAAAUUUUAUUUUUUCACAUGAAAAUUUAGGUGAGUAGUAAUUAUUGACAUGCGCAUUUCUGUUUUAGUUGUUGAAUGUGUACUAUGCCUUCAGUUAUCGACCAUGUAGUGAAAUGUGGCUGGCCCAGGAAAAGACGAUAAAUAGGGCUUAUGAAAUAAGUUUCAGCAAUAGAUAUUUUACUUGUAUUUCAUGUCAGUACUUUUGUGUAUCGCUUAUAAAGGUACAGUGUAAUCUUUGUCACCAUUCCAUUGAAAAAGUUGGCCUUGUAAAAUACAACCCUCAUUUAGUAUUCACGCUUUUGUGCCUUUAAGAAAAUAUUGUCAUUUUUGUGUUAUAGAACUAUAAUAUGAUUCAAAGUGUUUAUUGGUUUAAUUGUCAUAAAAGGGUCAUAUCUCUGUCAUUUUAUUUCCUUUUAUAUAGCUAUAGUAUAUUUAAACUUAAUGCUGUACUUUUAUAAGAGUUUGUCUAUUUACCUAUUUCAAAAAUUCUGCACUCUCAGACGUCAUUGAAAUAGACUUGUCAGAUUAUUCUGAGUAUUGUAAACAGUGCCUUUUUGAUGGAAUUCACAGUUUUGGGUGUCAACUUGUGCCAUAUACACAAAAUUCUGUGGAAGGCAAUUUUAACUUUUUGAAGAAUAUCUUAGUCAAAUAUUUAAGAAAAAUGUAUAAAAUUCCAUUUUUCCAGUGUUUAGCAUUUCUAGUGAGCAAUGAAUAUAUUUUUGGUUUUUUUGUUUGACAUACAGGGAUGGUGGCAUUACUGAUGAGCCAUACAUGAUGCUGCAGAUUAUUCUGAAUUAUGUCAAAUGUACAGAAAUCAAAUACUAAAAUUAGCAUUGAUACCAAAUUUUCCAACUUGAACCAAUGGGGGGAACCCCACACAAAUCACUGUUUACAUUUCAACUGCUAUCUUUUUUGACUACACGGAAAUAGAGAAUCUUUAAAAUGUAUAACCUGCCACUGUUGUGUAAUUAGGUUUCAUUUUGUUUACCAAUUGGGUGAAUUUAGUAUAUUUCAUUUACUUUUUGUUACUCCUAACAUACUAUUUGUUUUGUUAGUUUUUAAUUGAAGAUGGACUGUUAAAAUCGGAUAGGACCAGUGUCUCCUUCAUAUGAUUAACAUAUUUAGAAGAGCCACAAGAAACCCAUGACAAAGUGAAUGUGAAUAUACUUUCUAAAAUAUUUAGAAAAUUUUAUCUUUCUGCAUUUAUCAUGUAAAAUUACUUUAUAUUACAAUAUUGAAACUUAUUUAAAGAAAAAUGCCACGAAACAUUUGAACUGAUGAGCCACAGAACUUCAGUUGACAUUUUUUUCACUUUUUAGCAUGCUAAAUAUACAUCUAAGUUAAAUAUCCUGUUUAAUGGUCAUUUAUAAAUUCAAAAACUACCACUGGUCAGUUUUGUAUAAUAGAAUAAAAGUAUGUUAUCUGCAGUGUAAGUACAGCACACUGUCAAAUUCUUUUCCUUAAGGUUUAUAGUAAAUGUACAGAUAGUCAUAGGCUACUGUUUUGUAAUGUAUUACAUUUCUAAUCUAUUAUUCCUAACCUAUUAUAAAUGUUUGCAGAGACAAAAGAAUUGAAUUUUUCUAACCACCUGUAAAAUUAUGCUAACUUCUACAAGUAGGCAUUCUAAAUAAAAUUUUAAAAAAGGCAAA